CCCUCGUCUCAGCCAAUGAGCGGCCACCCUGUGUCCUCGCGGGCAGACCCACGUGUUCGUCCGGACGGCUAUCCUGCGCUUGGUCGGCGGCGGCGGUUCACUCGCGGUGCGGCGGUUGUCGGGUUCGUCUGGCCUCGAAACGUGCGACACGAUUUCAAGUUACAAGGAGAAACCAUGCCAUCAGUUCCUCUGUCCAAAGACUCGCCCAUCGGCACAGUGUGCCCUCACUCUGCUAAGAUGCUCAACCACACCAACGGAGAGGCCAAACUGCGAGAGCCUCUGUUCCCUCUGAACGGGGUGGACAAGUUGACCUCUGCAGAGGAUGGCAAGCCGGGUAACCGCGACAUCCAGCUCAACGGCAAAAACACCUCGCCUGAGCGGAAAUGGAUCCGGCCGGACCUUCCCAGCCGCUGCACGUGGAGCCUGGGCGCCUCCAAAGCGGACUCCCCCCAUCCCCAGGUCUCCAGACCGCCGACGCACAGCAUUCUCCCCAACAUCCUACACAGGAUCGGGGACACUCCGUUGGUGCGGAUCAACAAGAUCCCCAAAGCCUUUGGUCUCAAGUGUGAAUUAUUGGCCAAGUGUGAGUACUUCAACGCUGGUGGAAGUGUGAAGGACAGAAUCAGUCUGAGGAUGGUGGAAGACGCUGAGCGGGAUGGACUCCUCAAGCCCGGGGACACCAUCAUCGAGCCCACGUCCGGAAACACGGGUAUUGGCCUCGCUCUGGCGGCUGCUGUCAAAGGCUACCGCUGCAUUAUUGUCAUGCCAGAGAAGAUGAGCAUGGAGAAGGUUGACGUGCUGAGAGCUCUGGGAGCUGAAAUUGUCCGCACACCAACCAGCGCUCGCUUUGACUCCCCCGAGUCACACGUGGGCGUGGCCUGGCGCCUUAAGAACGAGAUCCCCAACUCUCACAUUCUGGACCAGUACCGUAACCCCAGCAACCCUCUGGCCCACUACGACACCACAGCAGAGGAGAUCCUGCAGCAGUGCGACGGUAAACUGGACAUGCUGGUGGCAGGUGCCGGCACCGGGGGUACCAUCACCGGCAUCGCCCGAAAGUUAAAGGAGCGCUGCCCGAAUAUUAAGAUCGUCGGAGUCGACCCUGAAGGCUCCAUCCUCGCUGAGCCCGAGGUACUCAACAAGACUGACAAGACUCAGUAUGAGGUUGAAGGUAUCGGAUACGACUUCAUCCCCACGGUGCUGGACAGAUCUGUGAUCGACACUUGGUACAAGUCCAAUGAUGAGGAGUCCUUCAACAUGUCCCGAAUGCUGAUCAGAGACGAGGGUCUGCUCUGUGGGGGCAGCUCUGGAACCGCCAUGGCAGCAGCCGUGAAUGUGGCCAAAGAGCUGAAGGAGGGCCAGCGCUGUGUGGUCAUUCUGCCCGAUUCAAUCCGAAAUUACAUGUCCAAAUUUCUGAGUGACAAGUGGAUGGUCCAGAAGGGUUUUCUGCGGGAGGAGGACUUGAUGGUGAAGAAACCCUGGUGGUGGAACCUCAACGUUCAGAGUCUGAACCUCUCGGCCCCUCUCACUGUCUUGCCAACCGUCAGCUGUCAGAAGACCAUUUCCAUCCUCAAAGACAAAGGCUUCGACCAGGCUCCUGUGGUGGACGAGUCGGGGUUGAUCCUCGGCAUGGUCACUUUGGGGAACAUUUUGGCCUCCAUCCUGGCUGGGAAGAUCAAGCUGUCCGAUCCUGUCAGCAAAGUUAUCUACAAGCAGUUCAAACAGAUUCGUCUCAAUGAUAAUUUGGGCAAGCUGUCACGAAUCCUGGAGACGGAUCACUUUGCACUGGUGGUGCACGAGCAGAUCCAAUACUUGACGGAUGGCUCCUCCAGUCUGAAGCAGAUGGUCUUCGGUGUGGUGACUGCGGUUGAUCUGCUCAACUUUGUUACCGGAAGAGAGAGGCGGGAGAGGUCAAUGUCGGAAUCCACAGAUGAGCUGUAACCUUCCUCCAAAUCCAAUGAUUGACACAAUUGGUCUCAAGACGACUUCAAAGUCUCUGAUUUAUAUCGGAUUUUAUGAAAGCAAUGGUUUCGAUUUUUCAGUCUUAAUGUAUCAGUUAAGAGAUUUGUUUACGCGCACGCCUCUUGUUUUAAGAUAAGUUUACGUCUUUAUUAUUUUUUUUUUAGUUUGUGCUUUGGAGCAGGUAUUUUACAAGUUUAUAUUUUAUAUAUAUUCAGCUUUAAAGGCCACGACUCGGUGGAGUUUGUUACGCUGUGGCGGUGUGUCAACAUGCUAUACGAGUACUCAACAAUAUUAAGGCAGAUAUUAGGUGUAAAUAAACAUCUCACGCUCUCAUGGUCUAGCUACACAUGAUUCCCCUUCUCGCAGAAUGUUUGGUGGUGUUUAUCUUUUUUGAUUAUUUUAAACUUGGAUAUUUUACCAGGCCUGUUGGAUGCAUUUUUGUCAUUGUGAAGAAAUGAAUAAAGGUUCAAACAAAA